AUGGAAGAUCGAUCGCCAGGAGUCUGGCUGCCCGCGCAGCGCCUGCAGAAUCAGCCGAUGUCCACCACGCGGAAUGAAUCCUGCCAAGUUCCGCCGCUUUCAAAUCCCGAUCUUGGGGUCUUCAACAUGAGCGACCAGCAAAUUGCAGGCAGCAAUGUAGCCAAGUAA